AUGAUCGAUUUCUGGCUGCCAGCAUGGAAACCUGGACCUGGUGAUGCUGAUAGUCCUGUUGAAAUGAACGAAGAUGUCGGCGUCAUGGUGGAAGAUGCCUCUGCCGAGAAGGAACACGAUGGAGAGCUUUCCCUUCCAAAAAGGAAAAGAGACGACAGCGAAACUGUUAGUGAAAUUAUUCUGAAACGGCCAAAAAUCGACCUAAGGCAGAAGGGACAACACAAUUCUUUUUUUCUUGACCAUUGUGAUGAUUCAAUCAAAAAGCGUCCAACGUUUGCGAAUCUUCGGAGAAACGUUCAUCACCCCAACAACCGCUUUUCUUCUUCUCUUCAACCCUUAAAUUCCGACUCCUCUCCGCUUCGAAUUGUUUGUGAUUCUGGGGCGUCAACCGCUUCGUCUCUUCAAGGAGAUGAUGACGGAAAUUCUCCUCAAUCAGACAUCUCAGAGAAAUCUGAGGCCAAAGUCAACUCAUCUCAUGAAUUUGAAACGUCCACCCUUCCAGUAUGGAAUUGUCAUUCAAAAAUUCUUGAUUUCGUUGGAAAAAACCAAGUAACAAUGAUAAUCGGUGAAACAGGUUCAGGGAAGACGACACAAAUUCCUCAAAUGCUGCUUGCUGAUUUAAAUAAUCGUCAACAGAAGGGCAGUCCUCCUGUCAUAGCGAUAACGCAACCCCGACGAGUUGCCGCAAUCAAUCUAGCGACGCGCGUGCUCGAGGAAAUGAAGGCGAGAAGAGCAAAACUAUCGAGUGAAUUGGCGACAACAUCUCAUCGAAAGAAUGAUUCCAAUCAAAACACCACUUCACUCGAAGUCAAAACUAGAAAACAAAUCAACUUCCGAUUCCAAUUCCGUGCAUCUAGGCAAACUCAAAUUAAGUUUUUAACUGAUGGAAUGCUUCUUAGAGAAGCGAUGUUGAAUCCACAACUACGCCGAUAUUCUGUAAUUAUAAUUGAUGAAGCCCAUGAAAGGUCAUUAAGAACGGACAUUCUUCUGGGAAUUUUAAAAACGUUGCUACAAACUCGUCCUUCACUAAGGAUAGUUGUAAUGUCAGCCACUUUAGAUUACCGUGCAUUUACCACUUUUUUGGGACACGGAGAAGUCAUCUUAGUGCCUGGACGUCAAUUUCCGGUGGCCACGUACAAUUCGUUAACAUCACAGGAAGAAUACAUGGAGGGACUUGUUAGCACCCUACUUCAGCUUCAUCUAUCGAAGGACAAAGGUGACAUACUUGCGUUUCUUCCGGGUCAAGAGGAAAUCGAAUUAGCACGGAACUUAGUGGAAGAGAAGGCUAAGCAACUUCAUAAGAUGGAAGGGCGUCAUUCAAUUACUGAAAGAACAUUUGAUUACACCAGAAAUGUGGAAAUUGUUUAUGGAUGGACUCUGGAAAAAAAGGAAUCGAAUCAUAAAACAGAAUCCGACACAGAUGUAGUUCACAGCAACGAAGAACUGCAACAGCUUCUGGAACGUUUUGGUUCUGAAGAAUUGAAGAUGUUGAGGGAAUUGCGCAGUUCCUUGGGCGCUUUACAGAACUCUUUUGGGGGAAAUCCUGAUGAGGAGCACGUCGAGGGUGUAAUCAAGUCAGCUGAUGAUUUAGAAUCCCUUCUUCUUCAAUCCGUUGGGAGUCUUUGUCUUCCGUCUCUGUUUGAUGGCAACAGUCAUUCCAACAGGCGGAUUCUUUGUGGAACAAACCUUUGUCAUCAAUCGCGCGAUACAGAAUAUCUUCUUGAUCUCCGUGUGCUUCCGAUUUAUGCAGCUCUUCCCGUCGAGCAGCAGCAACUUGUUUUCCAGAAAUCUUCUCCUGAUUCUCGUCGGAUCAUUCUUGCAACAAAUAUUGCUGAGACGUCUGUCACUAUCCCUGGUGUCCGCUACGUCGUCGAUUCUGGAUUGCAUAAAGUUAAAACGUACAAUCCACGAUCAGGAGUUGAAACUCUCGCAGUACAAACGAUUUCGCGGGCGAUGGCGAAUCAGAGAAGCGGAAGAGCCGGUCGAGAGGGACCAGGGGAGUCAUACCGCUUGUUUACAGAACAGGAUUAUUUUCGAAUGGACGUUCAAGCAGACCCAGAAAUUAAACGAAGCAACUUGUCUCAAGUUGUUCUUGAGUUGAAAACUUUAGGAAUUAAAGACGUCUUGUCAUUCCCUUUCAUAUCGAAACCAAAUACGGCGUCAUUGGAAAAAGGAUUGCAGUUAUUGACGACAAUUGGCGCAAUUGAUCGGAGUGGAGACAUGACAGAAUUUGGGAAGAAGAUUGCAGCGCUGCCUGUUGAUCCUGAAUUUGGCAAGUUUUUGUUGGAUUCGUAUGAAUUCGGAUGUACCGCUGAAGUCUUGACAAUCGUCUCCAUCCUUAAUUCUGAUCCAAUAUUUUCAAAUAUCUCAAAACGAUCAGAAGGGAGAACAUCGCAGCAACAAGCAUUACUGUCUCCAUCGAAUGAUUUAUCGCGUGGAGUAUCAGCGAAUCCAAUGAUGGAGCUAGCGCGAAAGAAAGUUGUGUCUGCUCUCUUGCUUUCAAAUUCCAUUGGCUUUUCUACAAUUCCAAGCUGCUUGGCAGGUGAUCCUCAUUCAAAAGAAGGAACUCAAGGAUUAGAUGCAAUUCGACGUUGCUUGGUUAAAAGCUUCCCCACUAAAAUAGCAAAAUUGGAAUCAAGCAGUUCGAUACCAACAAGCGGCAAUGAGAAGGACUAUUCAACUGCACGCUAUGUGAUUGAGCCCACUCGAACUCCUGUUCAUUUACAUCCUUCAUGUGGAUUGUUUGGUCGUCCUAAUAAACCCACAGUGAGCGUGCUAUCAAGAUUUGUUGUAUGA